AUGCCAAGCUUUGGAGACGUGGCCAAGAUUAUAGAAAAAGAGUUGGCCAAUGGAGAGAUGAAACCAAUUACCAAUCGAACGAGUGCUAAGCAUUUCCAUCCUUUUAGUUUGUUAUGGCAAAAGAAGAUGAAAUCAAAUUUUCUGAAGUCAUAUGAUAUUCCUGCUGAGUUCUCCCUCCUGGAUAUCCUGGAGCCAGGUUCUCCAAUUCCAGAUCCUGUGAAAGAACCAAUUGAAUUUCCCUGCAAAUCCAAGAAUACAAAGGGUAAUCUGACUACAAAGACUACAAACAGAUUAUUGGGAGCACUUAGACUUUUGAUUGGAAUGGAGAAAAAUCAGUCCCUUGAAUUCGACCCUGAGAUUCAAAUGAAAGAGAUCACACCAAAUAUGUGGGUAGACUUUUACCAGAGGACACGUUUAAAACAAGAGCUAACACUCCUGGAGGAAUUUCGGAGAAAAAAAGCAAAAUUGUAUGUGGUGUCAAAAACUUUGGAACUGAUCAAUUAUACUAGUUUCAAUGCCAAAAAUGAUUUGAAGUUGUCAGGAGAACUUUCCAUUGCUCCGAACACUUCUGUCAAGGGGAAGAUGCAGUCCCAGCUGCCUCCCCCCUCAGCCUUCUCUCCACUUCCUCCGGAUCCCCAGGGUUACCCCUGGCUGCCUGCUAAGGGUCCCAACAAGUGGGUUCUGGCGAUGAGCAGUUUAAAGGAGACCCCUGGCUUCCCCGUCCCUGCAGGACUUGGCUUCUCUCCCCAGGUUCAAGGCCAGAUAAGCACUGACAAAAAAACAAAUCAGCCACAGCCUUUACCACAGCCUGUGGUGGUGGCUUAUACAAAGAAGCAACUGAUUAUUCAGAAGAAAGUCUGGGGGAUUCUUCUCAUCGAUGAUAAAAAGCAGAGUACCUUUGAACAUGAUUUCAAGGAACUACAAGAAGAGAUAUCACGUGAAAUGAAGACACUAUCUCAGUUAUCAAAGAAUGUUCAGGUUGCUUUAUUCAAAAAUAUUUUGGUCAUGCUUGGGGACCGAAAGGCUCUUCAGGACCUUCUGGAUAUGAUGGAUCAAUUUCCCCAGGGGCAUUUGGAUGGCCCUGGUGAAAUCAUUCUAAAUGAACUGAGAAAGAAUUACCCAGGAAAUAAGUUGCAGCAUCUACUAUCCGGCAUCAUUUAUAUCCUUGAAGCCAUAAUGGUGCUGAAUGAUAUCCAACACAACCUUCUGUCAUUGUCCAUGAAGAAGAAGAUCCUGUGCUAUCAGCGGGAAGUGAUAAGGAGUAUCUUGGAGCCCAACUUCAAAUCCCCUGAUAGUAUUACUUUCACCAUCAAAGAAGAGCUUCUUACUCCACUGCAGGGGAAUGGAGUGGAUGUCACAUAUGAUCUGCUGAAAGAGAGUGGCUUGAAUAUAGAUCUAAAUAGCAAUAAUAUAACCUGGGAUCUGGAAGCCAAGAUGCCACUGACUGCCCUGUAUGAGUGCCUCUCACUUCUUCAGGAGCUGGCUGAAGCCUAA